AUGACGCGAGUGCCACUGCUUUUACUCUGCACAAUCUUCCAGUUGCUAGCACAAAGUGUCAAGGCGCUGAACGCAGCCGGCGCAGCCGAAACCACAUUUUUUUACCAGGCUUAUCUGCUGGAAUUGGAGUAUGUCACAGAACCCACCCGUCGUGCAAUUGCCCCCGGUUGCCACGAAGGCGAGGAAAACCCGCCGUGUACCUAUGCCGAGUUUGUGAAAUAUAUCAGCAGCGAUGAAGCCCUGCUACGCAACGAUCCAAGUUGGGAAAAAUUCAGCGCGAUCUUCGACGCUGCCGAGAAUACGCCUCUAGUCGAAACAUCUCAGAAACUCCGAGAAGCGGGAUUCCGCGCCGAGUACGAGCAAGAACGGCUCUACCCGAAAGAUAAAGAGGCUAAAUCCGUGCCUUACGCCAUUCGAAAAAUGAGAGGAAUUGCGACUGGUACCAAGAAGAAUAAAUUUGUGGACCAGAAGACAAAAAUGAUCGAGGCAUUGGAACUGGCAGCUGAAGUGCGGCGGGCGGACAACAUGAAAUAUUUUAUCCCGGUGCUCGAGGAAAAAAUGGGGAUCAAGAUGGAACUAAAGGAAACUAAGUCUCAGACGCGCGAUGGACUGGAAUAUCAAAUGUAUGACGAGGCUAAGACAGCGGAAAAGAACAAGGGCGUCGAGGAUCUGGCUCAAAAGGUUGUCACGGCGGCGGAUGGACUGCGCAAGCAGAAGAGAAAAGGCGCCGCCCCGGGGAAGCAACUCGACUUCGUUAUUCAUCAGACCAUCAUGCGGGAGAUAGAGGAGUCGAUCGGUCAACUGAAGCAAAAGUGUCCCUAG